CGACCUUCCCUCCUCUCAAAGACUCCGAUAUAUGAUGCUACUGGACCAAACAACACACCUCAACAGACGACCAGCAUUACAGCUAAUGCCAUGGGGUCGGACGACUCUCGACCUUCCCUCCUCUCAAAGACUCCGAUAUAUGAUGCUACUGAACCAAACAACACACCUCAACAGAUUGCCAAUGAAGAUGAGGUUUUUGUACCAAGACUCAGACGGACUAAAAGUAUUGAAAUGAAAGACGCUGUUCCUGACAAUUCUGAUGAACUUUAUGAUUCCACAUCAGGGAGUAAUGAUGAUUAUAUUCCAGAUACCACUUGUGAAAGUGACAGUGGAAGUGAAUACAGCUUUAAACAAAACCUAAGGACCAAGAAUCAGUCUUUUGAUUUGCUUGAUGUCUCUGGUUCAGUGAGUUCCCAAGUCUGUGACUCGACAACCCCAGACAAAAUGACUUAUGAUGACCACAACCUUGCAUCUGAAGUCACUGGAGCAGAAGAAGAAGAACCCUCUUCAAGUCAGAAUGUAAAUGACAUCAUGGUUGUUAAGGCAUUAAAAAAAAGAGGAGGGAAUAGAAUUUACAACAAGAAACACUAUUGCUUGUAUUGCUCUAAACCAUAUUCUAAGAUCGCAAGGCAUCUAGAAGGUGCACAUGAAAAUAAACCUGAUGUAGCUAAAGCUCUAAGCUUUCCAAAGGGUUCCGAGGAGAGGAAAAAACAGCUAGAUUAUAUUCGUAACAGAGGAAAUUAUGCUCACAAUGCUGCUGUAAUGGAGUCAGGAAAGGGGGAACUAGUGCCAUUUAGGCGACCUCAUAAAGAAGUGCAGGGAAAGGAAUUCAUGCACUGUGCAUAUUGUCAAGGUCUUUUUACAAGAAAGGUUCUUUGGCGGCAUAUGCAUAAUUGUAAACUUAAACCCGGAUCAGUCACCUCCAAACCAGGAAAGAACCAUGUUCAGUCCAUGUGUACAUACACAGGGCCUGUGCCUUCACACGUAAGUAAACAACUGUGGGGAGUAAUCGGUGCCAUGAAUCCUGACCCAGUCACAGAUAUAAUCAAAAAUGACCAAGUCAUUAUUGCUCUUGGACAGCACUUGUUAAACAAAGGUGGACCAUCACGCAAGAAUCAACAGUAUGUUCGAGAGAAGAUGAGAGAAAUCGGAAGGCUGAUUUACAAUGCCAGCAAAGUGACCACCUUAAAAAAAUUGGAAGAUUUCAUAAAUCCAAAGAACUACAUGGACACUGUCAAAGCUGUCAAGUUUACAUGUGGGUAUGACAGUGAAACAAACAAGUUCUUAAUUCCAUCACUGGCAAACAAACUUGGAAAUGCCUUGGUUAAAGUAAGUAAACUUUUAAAAGCUCAGGGUUUAAUCUCAAACAACAAAGAGCUUGUUGAGAAUGCCAGUAAGUUUCUAGAUGUCCAUCAGCAAAAGUGGAAUGAGAUGAUCUCAGCUACUGCAUUGAGGAACAUCAGUGAAGCAAAGUGGAAUGUGCCCACUCUCAUGCCCUUUACUGAAGAUGUCCAAAAAAUGCAUGCAUAUCUCAAUGAAAUGCAGGAUAACUGGUACAAAUCGCUCUAUGAAAAUCCCUCUGUAAAAGCCUGGAUUGAGCUUACAAAGGUGUGUAUGACCCAGAUCAUUCUCUUUAACCGGCGCAGGGAAGGAGAGGUGGCAAGCAUGCCCUUAUCUGCAUUUUUAUCGAGAGACACCUCUGAUCCACAUCAGGAUGUGGACUGGGCUCUGUCUGAAGUGGAAAGAAAACUUUACAGACACUUUACACGGAUUGUCACCAGGGGGAAACGUGGUCGCCCAGUUCCAAUUCUAUUGACUCCAAAAAUGCUGUGUGCAUUAGAACUCCUUGCUAAGCAGAGAGGGGCCUGUGGGGUACUAAAGGACAAUCAGUAUAUGUUUGCGAGACCAGAAGCUAUGACACAUUUCCGAGGUUCUGAUUGCAUCCGUGGAUUUGCCAAGGUGUGUGGUGCAAAAUGUCCUGAAUCACUGACAUCUACCAGACUGCGAAAGCAUGCUGCAACCCUUUCAACUGUGCUGAACAUGACAGACACAGAGAUGGACCAGCUGGCCACCUUUCUUGGACAUGACAUUAGAAUCCAUCGUGAGUUCUAUAGACUCCCUGAGAAGACCCUGCAACUUGCAAAGAUCAGCAAAGUUCUAAUGGCACUCGAGCAGGGAAGAUUAGCUGAGUUUCAUGGCAAGAACUUGGAUGAAAUUCAGAUAGAUCCAGAUGAAAAAGUUCUGGACAGUGAUGAGGAAGACUUCCAGGAGAAAUGUCAGGCAGAUUCAUCAAUUAUAGAUGAACCAUCAGCAGAGGAGAUACUUCCUCCUACCGAAAGGAAUGAAAUGCCGCCACCACCGUCCAAGAGACAUAAACCACUACCAUUAGAUGAUACAUCACCGUCAGUAGUCAGUACUGUGAGGCCUUCAUCCAAAGGUAAAGUGACCCAAAAGAAGAGACCCUGGCAGCAGACAGAGGUGCAGGCAGUGGAGAGGCACAUGAAUCGGUUCAUCAUAUCUGGUAUUGUGCCAGCAAAGAGCGAUUGCGAGAGGUGUUUAAGAGCGGAACCAGAAGCUCUUAAGCAAAGAAACUGGGAGAACUUGAAAUUCUAUGUGUAUAAUCGCAUCACGGCCUACAAAAGGGAAAUUCAACGUAAAUAGGGUUAAAGUUACGAAUUCUCUGGUAUGGCUUUUUGUUUCCGUUUGCCAGUGAUUUGGAAAAGUUCCUGUUUUAAAACUCAGUCAACAGGAAUUUAUUUGCUUUUAGAUUCAUUUGACUUCAUUUGGUGAGUUUG